GGCCAGAGUGUUAAUCGGCAAGGUUUGGUGGCAGUGGGUUUAGUGACAGUUGACAGGGUUUAGUGUCGGUGGGUUUACUGACAGUGUGCAGUGUUAAGAGUCAGUGGGUUUAAGUGACAGUAGGCAGGGUUUAGGGUCAGUGGGUUUAGUGACAGUUUGCAGUGUUUAGUGACAGUGGGUUUAGUGACAGUUUGCAGUGUUGAGAGUCAGUGGGCGUAGUGACAGUAUGCAGUGUUCAGAGUCAGUGGGUUUAAGUGACAGUAUGCAGGGUUUAGAGUCAGUGAGUUUAGUGACAGUAUGCAGGGUUUAGUGACAGUGGGUUUAUUGACAGUUUGCCGUGUAGAGUCAGCGGGUGUAGUGACAGUAGGCAGGGUUUAGAGUCAGUGGGUUUAGUGACAGUGUGCAGUGUUGAGAGUCAGUGGAUUUAAUGACAGUGGGCUGGGUUUAGAGUGAGUGGAUUUAAAUUUAAUGACAGUGGGCAGGAUUUCGUGUCAGUGGGUUUGGUUUAAAGUCAGUGGGUUUAGUGUCAGUGAGUUGGGUUUAGAGUCAGUGGCCCUGAGGUAAUUCCGUUCACAGAAGGGAAGGAGAAUGGCGUUAGCUCGCACUGUGGUAUCUGCUGCCUGGCUGGCCAAGGCAAUCAGCAGCGCUAAGGCCGGACCGUUGCGGGUCUUGGACUCCUCCUGGUAUUUGCCAAAAAUGCAGCGGGACGGCAGGAAGGAGUUCAAGGAGAAGCACAUCCCCGGCGCUACCUUCUUCGACUUGGACGAAUGCAGCGACCGCUCCGCCCCUUACGACCACAUGAUGCCCGGACAGGAGCUUUUCUCCCGAUACUUGGCCAACCUGGGCAUCUGCAACGACACCCACGUCGUCAUCUACGAUGCCAGUGAUUUCGGACUGUUUUCUGCCCCCCGGGUCUGGUGGAUGUUCCGGGCUUUCGGUCACAGCCGGGUGUCGGUGCUGGAUGGCGGCUUUAUCAAUUGGCGCAGGGAGGGUCUCCCGGUCACUUCGGAACUGCAGGACUACCCCGUGGCUGAGUACAAGGCAAAAACCAAACCCCAGGUCAAAAGUUACCAGGAGAUCCUGGACAACAUCCAGAGCAAACAGUUCCAGCUGGUGGAUGCCAGGCCUGAGGGCAGAUUCAAAGGCACCGAGCCUGAACCCAGAGAAGAUAUUGAACCUGGGCACAUCCCCGACAGUAUCAGUAUCCCCUUUGAGACCUUCAUGGAUCCAGAGACUCUCAGGAUGAAGAGUGAGAAGGAGCUGCAGUGCUUGUUUGAGGAUCAUAAUGUCGACCUGAAGAAACCACUGGUAGGGACGUGUAGUAUCGGGAUCACUGCCUGUUUUGUUGCCCUUGGUGCCCAAAUCUGUGGGAAAGAAAAUGUGAUGAUCUACGAUGGCUCCUGGCAAGAGUGGUUCACCCGAGCUGACCCCAGUCACAUUAUCUCGGAGAGAAAGGAGAAAGUCAAAUAGGCAGCACUGAAAGCAAUGUUUUAGAUUGUGCUGUUCCCGUACCAAAAUUAGUAGAUAAUUUGAGAGUCAUUCUUAAAUUUUAUUUGACUAACCAACGAAUCUAUCUUUUAUUGUGUUGGAGGUAAGAGGAGAAGG